AUGAUCUCCAUGCAUUGUGCUAAACACCGCCGUUUCAUCCUCCAAGUUCACCGACUUCCCAACACUGAGAAUCGUCUGUGGAAGGUGUCCAUCACCUGUCUACUUGGGUGGCAAAGGGCAGCUUCGGAGACACUACAAGUCAAAAGCAAUCGUCCACUCUGGGACUCACAUCUUUCCUCUACUCAAUGCCAAGCUGCGACGUGCCCACUCGGUCCACCACCCUUUCAGUCUGGUUCAAUGACCGUCAGCAAUCGGUCUGUCCUUGGGCAAUGGGCUGUGGAAAAGGCGUCUCCUCUCUCAAGCACCCACAGCACAUGUGACACUGCUGAUCGGAGCACAACCGAGUCGCCUGCCCCCCCACCCCCCCGCCCUCCGGUAAAUAAUUCGGAGCGGCAUAUUUGCUCUGCCGCACUGCUCAACGUCACAGUGGCGGCCAUCUGUUGUCUGUUGUGUGUCCACUGCCCCGCCACCUCGCCCCACUCCCAACUAUUUGUCAAUGCACAACGACGUAUAUUGAGAAGCUGCGAUGGUGGGUGGGUAGGUGGGAGGGAGGGAGGGGAUACUUCCUAG